AUGGAAGAAGUAUUUAAGAGCCUACAGGGCAUGACUUAUAUCUCCGACCCAAAUGCCAGUGACUCCAUCACUAACUAUACAAAGAAGAGCGCCGCCGCCUCAACAGAUACCGCUGUUCCCACCGCCUUCACAGCGGCGAACAAGAGGUCUCUCAAAGGAAAUGGUGGCUCCGGUGGAACAAUGAGGUACCGUGGUGUUCGCUGCAGGCCGUGGGGGCGUUAUCUGCUGAGAUACGAGACCCCCAGUCCAAGGAACGGCGUUGGCUCGGGACUUUUGACACCGCCAAGGAGGCUGCAUGCGCCUACGACUUCAUCGCUGGCAAACCAACAUUCCGGUGACUUCUCCGUUGGGUCUUCUGCUCAAAGAAACGCUUCUCCGAACAUGGUUUUAUUCCGCAACCUCUUGAAUUCAUCUAAUUCAUCUCUCCACGCGCCGCCUCCUCAGUCUCUGGCGGACUAUAUUCCAUUAAUCCACGGAAAUGCUUCCUCUUCUUCGUUUUCUUUCACUUUUCCAGCUAAUUCAAGCAUUUUGCCCUGUGCAUCUUUGUUGAAAUCCUUUACCAACAACAUUACUCGAAGCGCAACCGAUAGCGUAUCCGAUUCUUUCACUGGCACAACCAUGACGCACACUCCCAAGGAAACCAUCGAUGAUAUGGAAUUCUUCCGCAGAAGCCUUCAGAUUCCGGCUUGUUCCAGGAAAUAA